AUGGAUAGCACUGGGGAGAGUGGAGGGGCGCUGUCGAAAUUGCUGCCAAAAUCCAUCGCAGCCAAGCGCCGGCGCAGGAAGCAGGAAGCGCGAGAGGAAGACGCAGCAGCAGCAACGGCGCAACUGCUGCUGGGAGUUAAGGGAGAAGAUGUCACGGCCCCAGCAGACACAAGUUCGCUCUCAGCACUCUCGGCGGCACCACCACUAAAAGACGACUAUUACGACGACGACGACGACGUCAGCCAGUCGUCCCAUAGACGCGACAGCGGCUCCUACGUCCACGACCACGGGCAUGACACGGACAGCCUCGCAAGAGACGGCUCGACAGGCAUUCCCGACCCAGACCGCGACUACAGGCACAGCUACGAUCGCGACUACGAACCCAGUCCCAGCGGUGCCAGCACCAACUACGCCCGCGACAACGCCAGCAUGGUGUCCCUCGAGACACCCGAGGAGAAAUCCUCCCGCCCAAAUGCUAUCUCGACGCAUCCUUCGCAAAUAGGCUACUUGACAACUUCUUCCCCGAUCGUUCAGGCAACUCACUUGCCUGAACCCCAAGCGCAGAUACUGGACGAACAACUGUCAGAGAUCGCCUCGGCGCGAUCCACAUCCAACAACUCAGCCAAGCGGACGCAAUCGGCCGAAUCCACAGAUUCGUCCCUGCGCUCCAAACGCAGCUUUACCAGUCUUGUGCCCCCCAAGAAAAACACAACACGGUCACCUUCACCCGUCGGCCGCCUCAGGGGAGUUUUCAAGUCAAAAAAGACUCCGAGUGCCACCACUAGUCCCGAGAGGAGUGCGGGCGGUGACGACACUGACACCGACCGAGACAUUGGACGCGGAGUAGCCUACCGAGGCCGAGCUGCAGCUUCAACAUCUGACCUCACCACCACCACAAGGUCCUUUGACUUCACCGACGCGCCACCCGUCCCACCUUUGCCGAUAGUACAAGCGCCACAACCAACUCCCGCAAACAAGACGAAUGCAUCCUCCCGUGUAACGACGACAUCUCACUCUCCUGAGCGACGCCGCUCCAGAGCCUCCACAAACAACUCUGUCAAGAUCGACACCAACGUCCCCUCGACCCCGCCCCAGCCCGAGAAAGGCACUCCCGUCAUCGUCAACACGCCGCCGACCCCGACCGACCGCAGCGCUCCCUCCGCACACUCCUCACCGGGGCCCGGUCCGCAGCCCGCCGUUGAUGCAGCUGCGACCGCCUCAGGCAACACGAAUGGUGGCUCCGCCCAGGGUAACAUGAUUGCUCACCGCAGGGGCAGAUCAAACUCUGGUAGUAUUGGGCCUAGCAAGCUCUCCAACAUCACAAACGCUCCUUUGACACCCAUCCCCGACGUAAACUCGGCCAGCAAUCCAGGGACCCCCGCUCCAGGAGGCGGCUUUUUUUCCUCGGUAUUCUCAGCCGCGCAGAACGCUGCGACCCAACUUAGCAGCGCAGUACAGAACACAGGCAUCGGGCCAACUCCUCCUAAGAACAAGACGACCCAAAGACCGCCCGAUAUCAAGAUCGAAGACCAUCCCGAGGUCGAACCUCCCCUGCCGUCCCUCACAGGAUCCGCCAUGGAGAAGGAACCCGCCGUCAAGACCAUGGGGUCUGGCGAGCUGAGCCUCAGCCAACUAGGAAUAACAGAUACAGGAAGCGUCGCCGGUACGCCCGUCACGUCGAAGUUCCCCGACACCACCGAUUCGCGUUCUAGGUCCGAAUCAGCGCCCACCGAUGCGGCUUACGUAGCUGCGACCCGAGACCUUGGACCGGACGACGGCCGACAGCCCUCUACGAGACCCCAAUCCUUGCACGAUCCGGGAAGCGGCGGCGACCGCACGCCGCCAUCGAGCAGCAUCAAUGAAGAUAGGAAUUCGGGAAUCCAACGGAGUGGAAGCAUUCGAAGCGCCAUUGGACGCCAUCGUAAACGGGGAAGUUCCGCCGUGUCUGGAGGUACGGCAACUACAAUUGGCGCUGCCAUUGCUGCGGCUAACGCGUCUCUCGCUCAUCCUCAAGCCAACGCAAGCGUCCCGAAACUCACCGGAUUCGCUGUCGCAAGCAAGAAGCGCAACCGCGAUUUCCACGCACUGUUCAAAAGUGUGCCCGAUGACGAUUACCUCAUAGAAGAUUACAGCUGUGCCUUGCAGCGCGAGAUUCUCGCGCACGGCCGCCUAUACGUAUCCGAAGGUCACCUGUGCUUCAGCAGCAACAUCCUCGGUUGGUCGACCACUCUCGUCAUGAGCUUUGACGAGAUCGUAAGCGUCGAGAAGCGGAGCACGGCCCUAGUUUUCAAGAACGGACUCAUGAUAUCGACCUUGCAUGCGAAACACAUCUUUGCUAGUUUCACAAGUAGAGACUCCACCUAUGACCUAAUUGUCAACAUCUGGAAACUUGGUCACCCGACCCUGAAGAGCUCUCUGAACGGAGUGCAGCUGGAGGGUACUGGCGGUGAUAAAACGGAGAAGGUUGACGCGGAUGUAGUGGCCCCGGAAGUAGAAGACGCGAGUCUGUCCGACGCAAGCGAGGAAGACAGCGAGUCAGGCGACGACGACGACGUCUACGAUGAAGACGACGAUAACGAAGACCUCCAGGAAGUAACACAGCCAACAGACAUGAAUCCCGAACCCGAGACAGAGAAGACCGUCUCACGGAAGGUGUCUGGUGCAGGCGGUGCUAAUGGCGCGCUUUCCGAUGUCGUUAAGGACGCUGUGGGUGUACCCAGCACCAACGAUGACUUCCCUGGCCCAGCCACUCAUGCACCGACGGACUGUGGAGACUCAGGCACGCAUUAUGAGAAGGUUGUUGGUGACGAUGUCAUUCCCGCGCCCAUCGGCAAGGUGUACAACCUGCUCUUCGGUCCAGCAUCGGUCACUUGGAUGUCCAAGUGGCUCACCGUUGAGGCCAAGUGCACUGAGUUGACGAUGGAGGAUAAGAAGGGUUUGACGCUGGAGAACAAGUCACGCUUCUUCAGUUACAUCAAGCCUUUGAACGGAGCUAUUGGUCCGAGGCAAACCAAGUGUCUUGUCACUGAGACCUUGGAGAGCCUGGAUUUUGAAAAGUCCAUCAACCUGAACGUUGUCACUCAAACACCCGACGUCCCCAGCGGCAACAUUUUCAGUGUCAAGACGAAGUAUUGCCUGUCUUGGGCUGAGAACAACUCCACCCGAGUCCAGACCAACUGCACCAUCGAAUGGACGGGCAAGAGCUGGUUGAAGGGCCCAAUUGAGAAGGGUGCAAACGAAGGUCAGACCGCUUACUGCAAGGAUCUCUUUGCCAGUCUGAAGUCGGCCGUGUCGUCGAAGGCUCGUGCUGGAGGAGCAGGAGGCGGUGCUACCAAGGGCAAGAAGAGGGGCAAGAAGGGCAAGGCUACAGGCUCAUCGACAGACGUCGAAGACGAGCAAGUCCGUCCGAAGAAUAUUCCCAAAAAGGAUUGGGGACCGUUGGAGCCCGUACGUGGCAUCCUGGAGCCGAUCCUCGAUAUCGUCAAGCCGCUUAUAACAGGCAACAUGAUGUACGGCCUCCUGGUUGGACUUUUGGUGGCUACUUGGUUCGGCUUUGGGCUGCCAGGAAGGCAACCGUCGAGCGAUAUGCGCAUGUACGGCUAUCCCGACCGCGUCGCUGCGUACGAUGAGAUGUGGAGGCGUGAGGAGAGUGAGCUGUGGGAGUGGCUUGAGGAGCGUGUCGGAUUGGAGAGGUUACAUGACCCCAACAUCUCGACACGCAAGAGAGCGAUGGAGCCCAUCACGGUUGAGGAGAGGGUGAGAGAAGAUCGCAUGGAUGAGAGGGAGAUUGAGGAAGCGAUCAAAGUCACGGAGGAGAAGUUAAAGGUGUUGAAGGGGGUGAUGGACAAGAAGAAGACCACAGUCGGCUGA